CGUGUUCUCUAGCAACCACACAACCAGACACCAUGGUGCAACUGAGUGGUGAGGAGAAGGCAGCUGUCUUGGCCCUGUGGGACAAGGUGAACGAGGAAGAAGUUGGUGGUGAAGCCCUGGGCAGGCUGCUGGUUGUCUACCCAUGGACUCAGAGGUUCUUUGACUCCUUUGGGGAUCUGUCCAAUCCUGCUGCUGUGAUGGGCAACCCCAAGGUGAAGGCCCACGGCAAGAAAGUGCUACACUCCUUUGGUGACGGCGUGCAUCAUCUUGACAACCUCAAGGGCACCUUUGCUCAGCUGAGUGAGCUGCACUGUGACAAGCUGCACGUGGAUCCUGAGAACUUCAGGCUCCUGGGCAACGUGCUGGUUGUUGUGCUGGCUCGCCACUUUGGCAAGGAAUUCACCCCAGAGUUGCAGGCUGCCUUUCAAAAGGUGGUGGCUGGUGUGGCCAAUGCACUGGCCCACAAAUACCACUGAGCUCCCUUUCAUGCUUUCUGAGAAAGGCCUCUUUGUGCCCAAAGUCCAACAAUUAAACAUGGGGAUGUUAUGAAAGCCUUUGAGAUCCUGGCUUCUGCCUAAUAAACAACAUGUAUUUUCAUUGCA